AUGCAUGGACACAUGGAUACGUGGCUCGUGGGAACGUGCUGUGGCUCAUAUCGUGACUGUUUUGGAAGAGCGCUGCCUCUGAAGAGGGGUGAUGCAUGUGCUGUACUAUACGGCGACGCAGAGGGUGGUGGCUCAUGCUUUUAUCGCGAGAACGUUGAAAAUCAGUCUUUGCAAGGCCGUGACACUGUGGAGUUGACCAGGUCUUUCACCUGCGGGACAUUACCAGAUGCUUCGCUCAGUGAUUUGUGUUAG